CAGCAAACUGAAUGAUCAUGAACGGCUUCUCAUUUCUGGUCUUGGUAUCCGGUGAACUAGCUGAGCUUGUCGAGUUGGACGCGUAUAAACCUCUUGAACGAUAUCAUCGGCCGUUGGUUAUCAGGAAGUUGGAAAUUUCAGCUUGCGAAUGCUUGCGACUUUGCAAGUACGGUUCCUGCAUUGGUGUUGCAGGCACCCGGAGCACCCCGGUCGCCUUGACAUAAUGCGCAUACGGGCGAGCGGUUUUAAAAUAAGUUGAACACCUGACGGUCUACCAUAUUAUACCUUUGGGAUACUCUUGCACGCAUUUAUGUGUCUUCAUUACGCCUCUGGACGGAAAUUCCAGACAUUUCCAGCAUUAAAUAAUCCCCGAAAGACUCUGGCCAACGUGCUUCUAUCUUAUUACGAGGCCUAUCACAGUUUUGCAGCGGCCUUUCUUGACCCAAGCGAGCGGUAUUGGACUGUCCAUGUUUGGCUCAUUCUUACUACCACCCGACGGGUUGCCUACUGGCCCCCAGGCCCGGUGGAC